AUGGGGUUCGCUAUCAGCAAAAUCAGGAACGCCAAGUGGCCCAGACCAAUACAGUCAGACCCGUCGCAGAGGAAUUACAACUUGGUAUGCGAGUUCCACAAUACACACGGUCACAGAACCGAGGAUUGCCACCAAUUACGAGAAGAAGUGGCCCGACUACUCAACAAAGGGCACCUUCGGGAAUUCCUUAGUGAUCGAGCCAAAAACCAUUUCCGAGACAGGGAAGCGACCCAAAAAAAUGAGGCAAACGAGCCACAACACAUCAUCCACAUGAUUAUGGGAGGCGCUGAUACCCCGCAGGAGCCCAUGAUGAGGAAAACAAAAAUAUCCAUCACAAGGGAAAAACGGACUCGGGGAUAUAUCCCCGAAGACACCCUUACAUUCAGUGAAGAAGGCACCGAGGCUCUGUCUCAACCCCACAACGACGCCCUGGUAAUCUCUUUUCUUGUAAAUUCUUUUCAGAUAAAAUGUGUACUAGUGGAUCCAGGUAGCUCGGCCAAUAUUAUUAGGUCAAGAGUGGUAGAACAGCUCGGGCUGACUGAAUGGAUCGUACCCGCCACUCGGGUCCUUACUGGGUUCAACAUGCCAAGCGAGACAACGAAAGGGAAAUCACCCUUCCAAUUACCGUGA